AUGAAUCCUACUUUCAAUCUUUUUAAUGCUACAAACACAGUGACAAUACAUACAGUUCUCGACGCCUUCUUAUCGAUACCUUGGAAAGACGAAAUAUGGCUUGUUUCUGUAAUGGUACUCCACUUAAUCACACCAAUAUGCCUAAUUAAACUUCGCAGUUUCACAAGUUUGCUUCUGUGUGUUUUGUUUUUCUUGCUUGGUACCGUUUGGUGUUCAGAUUGGAUUAAUGAAGUCGCUGCUAAUCAUUGGAACUUAUUUGCUACUGAACAGUAUUUCGAUAGUCAUGGGUACUUCCUGUCGUGCAUUUGGAGCAUACCAGCCAUUGUCAACAGUUUAAUAAUUACUGUUUUGCUUUUCCUACAGGUGAAUACUCUACUUGUACAAUGCAAACGCCUUCAAAUGGCACAUCAGCAACAUGUAAAGAAAGAUUAA